AGUGAGCGCUUUAUUCUACACAUUAGGGUACUACGCUGUGUUGCAGUCCCACUCCUGAACACGGAGGGCGCUGUGCUACCACAUCCACCUCAUUCUGGGGGAAAACAACACGGGUGCUUCCGCCGUCAAACAGUUCCGAUUCUUCUGUGUUUAGUUUGAGAUUAAAGAAGAAACUGCGAUGUUUCAAAUUUAGCACUGGGACUUUUUUUGUCGACAGAACGUCACACGUUCGUUUGUCGCUCCCGAGGCCGCGGUUCUGAGCUGAAAGCCCCGCAGUGUCGGUCACCAUGUCGACAGCGGCGGCGACGGCAGCGGUGUCGGUGGACUUCCACGCUCAGAUCGCGUCUAUCAUGGAGGUCCUGGCGAACGCGGCCGUGGCUGAAAUCUGCAAAGUGGUGGACGACGGUUACGCUGUGGUCCAGCAGGAAAUGACCCGCAGUCAGAAGGAGAACGAGUUCCUGCGGAGGAAAAUCAAGCUGCUGGAGCUGCAGGUCAGCCGUUACCGGACCGAGAGAGUGCAGGCAGCGGACGGUUCCGCCGGCGGCGUCCGCCUCCUCAACCGGCAGUGCACAGACCCGCUGGCCGGUCCGUCUCUGCAGAACCGGACCAGGUUUCUGAACCGAGCACCAGUUCCUCAGCAGACAGAGCAGAAGAUCCAGCCCAUCGACCCGGACCAGGAUCCAGAUCAGGAGGUCAUCACCACCGCUAAAACUGAGUCAGUAGAGCCGGGCGAUGACCUGUUGAUCAUCAAGGUCGAGGCAGCGAUGGAGGCCACGAUGGAGGCCACGAUGGAGGCCACGAUGGAGGCCACGAUGGAGGCCACGAUGGAGGCUACGAUGGAGGCUACAAUGGAGGCUAAGGUGCCCAACAACCAUGCACUGUCAGACGCCGGCGCAGGCACCGGAGGAGACACCAACACCAUCACUUCAGUCCCCGCCAACUCCGAGGACAACGAUACUGAGCGGGCGGCCGGACACAACAACCUAAUGGAGGUCAGUGGAUCCGGCAUCAUCACCUUUGUUGUCGGCAGCACAGCAGAUGCUGAUAACGCUCACUGCUGCCCCCUGCUGAACUUAGACUCUGAUGCGACCGCACUCGGAAACGCCACGGCAGCUUCCUAUGAUGAUGUCACAGGAAAUGGGAAUGCCAACACGGCCGCACCAGACGAGUCUGCUCCGCCACACCUGAUUACCAUCGACAGACGGGAGGCAUCGUACAAGGGGGCGGAGUGUGAGUGGUUACACAUAGAGCAGACAAAAUCGAACCAAACUCCAUUACCCAUGAUUCAUUGUGCUGGGCAGGAACUAGCAGAACACAAGUCAAUGAAGGCAGCUUCUGUUGGAGAACCUCCAGGAACUUCCUUUGGUGAAACCUGGUCCAGCAUCAACUGCAGCCUGACCCUACAGCGCCCCCUGUACCUGCCCAACCACAAACCCUUCACCAGCGGCUACCACCCGCCACUUUACUGCGCCGUUCCCAUGGAGCGGCCGUACGGCUGUACCAGCUGCAACAAGCGCUUCUUCCUGGAGUCGGACCUUCAGAGACACGCGGCCCAGCACACGCGGGGGAAACCCUAUAUCUGCUCGCAGUGCGGCAAGAGCUUCGUGUGCCAGAGCCAGCUGGACAUCCACUACAACGUCCACACGGGAGAGAGGCCGUUCAGCUGCGCCAUCUGCAACCGCCGCUUCUCCCACCCCAGCAACCUCAGGAGGCACCAGAAGAUCCAGCACUGAGCCCUGAAGAGUGUCCAGAGAAGUUCCUCCUGGAAGAAAACUCGUGUUUUAUUUAAAGCUGAGGCGGAAUUUUCAAACUGAAAAUAUAAAGCCUUAAAGCAUGUCAGGUUGUCUGAAGUUAUACUUGUGUGGUCCAGCAGAGGGCUGUAAGGGUUGUAAGUAGCAGUUAGCCACCAGGGGGUGACUCUACAAAACAAUUAACUCGGUUGUCUUGUUGAGAAAAUGGAGAACGCUAACUAAACCGAUAGCAACAAAGAAAGCGUCCGAAAAGAGGACAGUGGAAGAAGAAGUUUUACUGUUUUUAAAGUUUUUAAAAUCUGCUGACUCACCUGUUAGCUUAGCUGUUAGCUCCACCCGAGGCUGUUGUAUCUGAAUUAUUGGCACAAGACCUUUAGAACUACAUGUGCUUUCACACCAGCAUCUCCAAAGGUCUCCAAUAACACCAGAAAACCUUGACGCAAGUCACUUAAUUUAUAAAAAGACGACAAAAGCUAAAUAUAGCGGAAAAAGUCGCUAAGUUGGCCUCACUGUUUGCCGGACGACAAGCCGGACAGGAAGUCCGUCUAUUUUACGUUUAAUUAACAUUUAAAUAAUCGGAAUUUGGACAUUUGUGAAUGGAGAUGCAUCUGAUGAAUUUGUUCCCCACCCUGUUCUAAUGAGCCCUAAAAGAAAAAAACUUUGAUUCUUUUUUUUUCUAAAUUGUGCGACAACGUUUGAGAGUUGUGAGGUUUGGAUGGAAUUUUUUUUUAAAUCUAAUCUUUUUCUUUAUUUUUAUCGGGAACCACCCACUUUUGGGGAAGGGGCUCUCAGUAAGCAGCAGGUAAUUGUAUACUAUUUUAAAUCCAUACAGACCUGAUUUGACAUGGAUUUGUUUGUUUGAAAUUCAACAAAACUGAUGAGAAUAAAAUCUAAUUAUUCCAAAACAUCGAAAAAAA